AUGACGAUCGGUGCAGCACUGAAUAUUUUCCUAUCACGUCAACGGAUUUUGAAUAAUGGCACAAUCCUAUGUGACAGCUCUUCAAGCCUUCUCAAAGAAAAUCCAGAGAUAAAAUGCACGCUACCUUCCUCUCCUGAUUAUGCGUCAGAUCGAAAAAUCUAUCUUAAUUCACGCACAGCCAAUCCGUUGGCAAUAGCUCAUCCGGAGUCGGCUGAGCAAGUGAGCGCACUGGCACGAUUUCUCCGAUCUCAUGGCAUCAAAUUCACCGUCCGAGGAGGUUGCCAUAACCUCCAAGGAUUGUGUAUAGAGGAGGACGCUUUGACGAUUGACAUGCGAGCAUUUACAUCAGUCAAGAUUGCGGCUGAUCGCCAAACUGCAACGGUAGGCGGCGGAAUAUUGCAAGAUGAGCUGUCCAAUGCCUUGUGGAGUGAGAGGCUCGCUACACCAACAGGCUCUAUCCCCUCAGUGGGUUAUGUUGGCUGGGCAAUGUAUGGAGGAUACGGUCCCUUUUCGUCCAGCUGGGGUCUGGGAGCGGAUCAGAUCGUUGCUGCCACCGUCGUUGAUGCUAGUGGUAGAAUUACCGAAGCCGAUGAAACUUUAUUGAAUGGUAUUCGUGGUGCAGGAGGAGCAUUCGGACUUAUACUGGAUGUUUCGAUCAAAGUAUAUCCAUUGAAAACUCUGUUCGCCGGUGUGAUCAUGUACGAUUCGCAGGAUAUCAGGAAAACGCUUGCGGAAUACAACGCGAAAUAUCGGAAAUUAUCGCAGGAUGGUCUUCCAAAAGAGCUUACUCUCCAACAAAUGGUCUUUAAUUCGCCUCAGGGGAAACUAUUCGGUGUCAGUUUCACUUGGAGUUCCGAAGAUAUAGAAGAGGGCAGCCGUUGGAGAGAGCGAAUUGGAUCUUUGGGGACUCUCUUGAUGAACACAGUCUCAGAGACCACUAUUCCGCAAUGGUAUAAAGGAAUUGCGGCACUGGUGCCAGCGACUGCUUAUGGCUCGUUUCGUACGCACAACCUGCAUGAGAUCCCCCCAGAGGUAGCGGAAUGUCUCGGUCACCAUCUAGCAAAGAUGCCAUCAGACCCAGCAGCGAUGUUUACAAUCUACCAGUCAAGGAUGUCGACUUCAACACCGAUCAGUGACUCCGUCUUUCCAGCAAGGGAACCUCACUUCAUGCUGGAGAUAAUUGGCUGCUCCACAACCAAGGAAAAGGCCCCAGAGUCAGAACAGUGGGCUUUAGAUCUCUGGAGCAAUGUGAGCAUAACCGACAAAAACAACUUCCUCAGUGCCGCUUAUAUCUCGUUGGAAUUUAUCGAGGAACCACCUCACCCAGCCACACUUGGUAGGCUUUUCGGUUCCCAUGUCGACGACAUUCUUGCAACAAAGAAAAGAUACGACCCGGAAAACGUAUUUGAUCUCACAGUUCCUCGACUGAGUCACUAUUUAUAGAGUGAGAACUAUAUCUACGCCUGUUGGUUUCGAUAUUUUGAUAUUCGUAGACUUUAACCUUAUCCGAGAUAAGUCGUUGGGGCCAAUCCAUAACCCACAACCAAUCACGAGUUAACGUUCUUUGAAUGCCUUGAAUAGCAUGGAUAUAGAUCCGAACUUUCCCAGCUCCAUGAAUGUACCAAGCCCUUGAAGUAUUUUUGAAGAGGGCAAGCAAGGCGUAUGCACGUGCCACCAGGGCUAGAGCUAGCGGCUCUUCGCGCUCUAAGAGUUGUAUGAAUGGCGGAGGUACUCGAUGGAGAUGAGUGACAAUUGUAUACUCUUUCGUUGUGAUGUCCACGGAAUUAUCCGUCA